AUGUCUUCCCAUGCAAGUGACGAGCAUAUGGACCACCUGGACCAGCAGCAAGGAGACCAUUUCUAUGCACUGGGGACAAAUAACGGAGGGCACGCGCCAAGCUCAGGGGAUGCCGGCCCGCGGACCGCCUGCUUCAACUGCCGUGCCGUGCGACAGAAAUGUGAUCGUAGAACUCCCUGCAAACCGGAAACCGCUGAGAAGCUCCUGGCACGUAUCAAGGAAAGUGCAGUUCGUGACGAGGUCAUUGCUGGCCUGCUGGGCUCACAGUGGGCUCGCUCACAAGCUGCCCUCUCACCGCGUGUCCCGUCGCCACCACUAUUGGAAUCCAAUUCUUUCAACGGGACUCACGGUAUCAGCGCGUCGACAGCAACGGCAUCGGUCGUCUAUGAGCCCUCUCCGGGGCAGCAUAGCCGCUCCGAUUUGAAGGAUUCCCUCGUGUCACCUUUGCAUAUCUUGGCGGCCGCUGUUGCCGCCGACCCAGACCCCACGUGCCACGGCCUCGGCUCUCGCUUGUCUACAACGUACCGUGGCAAGAUUGGGCGGAAGGACAUGGUUGAUCCCAAGGAUGAAAGGCUGGCCAGUUAUUUUGCCCCCCAAACGUUACACAAGAGAGACUGGCAGGUACUAGCCACCCAGUCCAUCGAUAUGCCGUUGAAGCUCGAACCAACAACUUGCGACCCUAUAACGGCAAACCUCAUUGACCUCGACGACGUUGCGUACUACUUUAAACUGUUCUACGAUGUUCGCAACCCACUCGUUGGGCUGUUGGAUCCUGGUCUCCACACCCCUGAGUUCGUCUAUGAAGCAUCAUUCACCCUAUUCUCGGUUGUCUGUGCUCUCGGGUGUGCAAUUUCAUCACGGCCCCGGGACCGUGUCUUGUACCCUGCUCUGAUUAACAUUGCCGAGGGGACCAUGAAAUGGUCCAUUGCCACGUCUGUGAAAACCGUGGAAACCAUCCAAGCGAUCAUCAACCUCCAGUACUGGGCACCUAUACGCGCCAGACAAUCAGAUGACCCGUACUGGCUCUAUCUGAGCCAUGCCACGCAACUUGCCAGGGAAAUUGGGAUAAACAGCCCCAGCACUGUUGCAGAACUAGUCAACGCAGUCUCACCGAACGGGAGCCCCGAGUUUCGAGAGCAGUUGUCCCGCAACUUCGAGAGAACAUGGUUGUAUACCUUUAUCGCGGACAAGAGCUUCGGCUUGUCGACUGGCCGUUCCCCAGGUGUACACUGGAGGGAGUUGCCAGCUGCCGCUCCUGAGUGGUGGCGGAAGCCGAUGACUACCAACUUGGACCAGAUGGUGAGCGGUAUUGCGUUGGCACGAGAACUUCUGCUGGAAUCCCUGGAACAGCGCAACCGGAUCGACCGAACUGCACCGGCUAUCCUCCAUUGGCACACGCACGCCUUCGAAGCUCUGGAGUCCUCCAGAAGCAGCCGAUGUACACCAAACGAUCCGUUAUCUGCUACAUUCCACUCAGUUUUGGCCUUUUAUAUGGAUCACAACCUUCUCGUGCUGAAUGCGCAAGCUCUGAGAGACUUAUCGGCGAUUGACGACUCAGUAAGAUCUGCCGAGUUCUCAACUAUAACUCACAGAACCGUUGCUGUUGCGAAUAGAGUUUUGGACCUUGUGCUGCUCGACAAGACGUUCCGCGAGAUGGCCCUCGGAUUCCACAACAACCAAUUCAUCAUGAUCUGCCAUGCAUCUACAGAGAUUAUCCACGCUGUCAGGCGAGGAUGCCUGACAUCAGCCGAAGCUGCAGAAGCCGCAGCUCGAGUUCGAGCCAUCCCGCUCCAUCUGGAGAAGACCGCACGAAACUUCCACGCCUGCUCCGUCUCACACCUCUACAUAUUCCUCUCGCGCUUCUUCGCCUGCCAGCUCGACAAGCUCCUCGAAGGCGAUACCGGCCAGAACGAGCUGGGCCGCUCCGCAGAUCAGGAUUUCCCCUUCGCGGAGUGGUGGGGGCUGGGCGACAACGUCUCUAUUGACACGGCAGCCUGGCUCGAUAUGGGUGACUAUGCUAUGUAA